GAUUUCCUGCUUUGCGCACACCGUCAACCUGGCAGCCAAAAGUGCAAUAUCCAAUGCCCAAAUCGCACGACUGUUGGCGAGAGUCAGAAAGGUGGUAACUUUUUUCCACCGCCGCACUACUGCCGCCUUCGUCUUGAAAACGAAACAGGACUUGCUGACAUUGCCAGAUCACAAAUUAAUUCACAACGUGCAAACUCGCUGGAACUCGACAUACGACAUGUUGGAGCGCUAUGUGGAGCAACAGGCGGCCAUAUAUUCCGCCGUGACCGACAAAGACAUGAAAAAAAAACAAGGACAUUAUCCUGUUGAAUGACGGUGAGACAAAGCUGGCAGAAGGCCUCAUAGAAGUGCUUAAACCGCUGAAGAAUGUCACCACCCUCAUGAGUACAGAAACAUCCCCCUCCGUCUCAAUGAUCAUGCCACUGCAGAGCAUGGUGCUGAAAGCAAUGGCACAAAGUGCAGAUGACAGUUCUGCCAUCAAAGACGCCAAGGCAGCCAUCAGCAAGGAUCUCCAAAGCAGAUACAGUGAUCCUAGCCUUCAGGACUAUCUACACAGAGCCACAGCACUAGACCCAAGGUUCAAGUCCCUGCCUCAUCUAGAUGAAGCCUGUGUUGACAAAAUCUGGGGUGACCUCACAAUAGAAGUUGUGAACCUCGAAAAGCAGGCUCAACAAGGCAUUGAAGCCCAGGCAAGCACUUCAUCCUCAGGAGCAGAAUCCGGCCCGCCAGAGACCUCUCCUCCCUCCAAAAAAUCGGCCAUGGCAACAGUUUUUGCAGACUUUUUUACAACAGAGGCAACAGCAAGUGCAAAACCUUUGUCAGAUGUCAUAAAGGAAGAGGUCACAUCCUACAAGCAAGCUGGCUGCAUCUCUGUAGAUGAAGAUCCCCUCGCAUGGUGGAAGAGCAAUGCACACAAGUAUCCCCAUGUGGCGAAGCUGGCACAACGUGACCUGGCUGUCCCAGAUGCCACCAGAUGGCAGCAAACAUCCUGA